AGUUCAUAUGGUGGCGGUAUUGCACCAUAAAAGCUUUAGCAACCAUAAAGCAAGAGGCAUAAGAGGACUGGGUUGACAUUCUACAAAAACAUGGCGGCCUUCGUAGUUGCAAGCCGUCCGAAUGUCCUUCCAAGGAUAUCUGCCGCUUGCUCCUCUGUGGUGCUACCGGCGACACCUGUAACCGUGCAAAACCGGAAGAUUCAUCAUGCUGUCAUUCCCCGGGGGAAAGGAGGUCGCUCAUCUUCAAGUGGCAUUGCUGCUACAGUGUUUGGAGCUACUGGAUUCCUUGGCCGAUAUGUCGUGAAUAGACUUGGACGCAUAGGUUCACAGGUAGUGGUUCCUCAUCGCUGUGACCAGUAUGAUCUGAUGUAUCUGAGGCCUAUGGGUGACCUUGGUCAAAUCAUCUUCAUGGAGUGGGAUUCCCGCAACAAGGAGUCCAUCAAACAGGCGAUCGCUCAUUCAAAUGUGGUGAUUAACCUAGUGGGAGAAGAGUGGGAGACAAGAAAUUUUAGGUUUGAAGAUGUCUUUGUGACAAUCCCUCAGCAGAUUGCUAAAGCCACCCGUGAAGCUGGAAUCCCUAAACUAGUCCAUGUGUCGCAUCUAAAUGCAGAUAUUCGUAGCCCAUCCAAAUACCUCAGGAAUAAGGCAGUUGGAGAGAUAGCCGUGAGGGAUGAGUUCCCCGAUGCCAUCAUUAUGAAGCCAGCUGAGCUGUUUGGAAGAGAAGAUCGGUUCUUCAAUCAUUUUGCUAACAUGCGCUGGUUUGGGAAAGCUGUGCCCCUUAUUUCCAUGGGAAAGAAGACUGAAAAGCAGCCUGUUCAUGUGGUGGAUGUUGCCAAGGCUAUAGUGAAUGCCAUCAAAGACCCUGAUGCCAGUGGGAAAACGUAUGCCCUAACUGGACCCAACAGGUAUCUGCUGCAUGAUCUGGUCGAAUACGCUUAUGCAGUUGCCCAUCGUCCUUUUGUUGCGUACCCCAUUCCUCGUCCAAUCUAUCAUUUCAUUGCCAGCUUCUUUGCGAAAACCCCUUUCGAACCUUGGACAACUCCUGACAAAAUCGACAGGUUCCACACAACAGACAUGAAGUUCCCAGGACUACCUGGCUUGGAAGAUCUUGGCAUCACACCCUCAACUGUAGAACAGAAGGCCAUUGAGAUCCUGCGUCGUCAUCGUCGCCAACGCCAUCUGGAAGCUGAACUGGAUGAAACUAAACCAGCCAAAACUGUUAACAUCUGACCUCUUCAAUAUGGCAAUGUCUAACUUGUCUGUGUUGCUGAUGUGGUAUCUUUAUUUUAAAAAAUCCUUCUGUAUAUAAAUAAUAAAAGCCCAAUCAAAGGAAAACUA